GGGUGGCGCAGCACGGGUCGGCCUGAGAGGCGCGUGACGUGUUCACCGCGUUCCCCUCUUUCCGCCGGGCUUCCCGUCAACUUCUCUGUCUGCGGUUUCUCGCGCGCCCUCGGACAUUUUCCAUUUCCAUCCAGUCCCUCGAGAAUGCGGCCAUAGAAACUCGGUCAAACAGAAACAACUCAGCAUACGUACUUACUCCCUCGAACAAAUGACUCGAGAAACUCCAACACCGACCCUCCACCACACCUCCUUCCCCGGCAUCUCACCCAUCCUCCCAAACGAACUCACAUCCCUCUACGCAGGCUCAAUACCUCCACUGCAUCGUCGCGCUCGUUCCGCGUAUGUUAGGCCGCCAAGGUCAACCUUCGAUGGUGAUGCGCUCGGAAAUGAGGCUGCGCUGGCGAUCGAUGCCGCCGGCUUUGUGGGGCCUAUCGAAACGUACGGGUUUCGGCAAGUUGGAAGGGGAUAUGUGGACGGUAGUAGUGGCUAUGGUGUCGCGGAAAAGGAUGACCGUCCACGAACAGCCGCGCCGAUACCCUUUUCAUCCGAUGUCAACCUACGAGAAAGACGCAUCGCCACCGCAACGUCAACAUCCCAACCAACGCCGAUGGGACUGAGUGGAAGCAAAUACGAUCUAUGUAAACGACCGCCGACCGCUCCGCCGCCUUUCGUCACGGUCUCAUCUCCUUCAUUAUACGUCGAAGCACAUAAAUCGGCAACGUCACAAAGUUUGUUCGAUAUCCCCUCUUCCCGAUCAGACAAUCGGCGCCUACCAGCCGAUAGAGAGCGGCGGAGAAAGAACACCGCAAAACACACCUCAUCGCCAUCGCCUCAUAGCCCAUACCCACCCUCGUCCGCCGACGAGUCCGACAACAACUCCAACUCCGACGACGGGCCCGCCCACGCAUCGGAACUCGUCCGUCCACCCCCAGCCACCCUCGCAACACCUACACCCCUCCUCACAGACACAUUCUUCGACGACAUCAGCGGCUGGCACUCCUCUGACGAAGACGCAGCCACCACCCACGCGUUCUCGGGGGCUGCAUACCAGUAUCUCCGUUUCGACACCCCGAAUGACGGGCAUAACAGAGACGCGGACGCCUCGCCGGCGCCGGGGCCGGAUGUUGUGAGGAGAUUGAGGAGGGAGGUUGGGAAACGGGGAAAGAGGAAGGUUCCGGGAAAAGUGGUGAAGAAGGAAGAUGGGGGCUUGUCGAGGGCGCAACGCAGGAGUAGGAGACGGAGUGGAGGGGGUGGUGAGGAAGAUGAGGAGGAGCGUGGUGGGGUUGAGAGACCUGUGUUGGACACGGGGACGACGACGGCGCUGAAUACGAUUGCAGCCAUAACGACACAGAAGACAGGAACACCCCCACCACCGUCCGCCGACCCGUCCCCCAUCCCAACACCGCCCCCGCCUCGCCGUCCCAAAACAACCCUCGGCCGGCCGCCUCCCACUUCACUUCUCGAACCCAUCCCAAUCCCCAUCUCCUCCCCCUCCCUCCUCACCCCGCGCCUCCCACCAGCCUCCCUAACCGCAACGCGGCCGCCAACAACAACAGGGAAAAAGUUCGCCCGCCCCCCACGGUUACCUGUACCGCAACCGGUGGUGGACGCGCUUGUGCCGGAUGUGAUGGCGAGGAUGAGGAGGCGGUUGCAGAGUUCGGCGAGGCCGGCCGGGAGGCGGGGUGGAAGUGUGAGCCAAUUGUUGCCGCCGGCUGCGGAGACGGUGGCGGGACUGAUACCUGCGACGGUGGGAAGCCAUCCAUCAGCAUCGAUUCCGUCGGCGGCGGCGUUGGCGAUUGAGGGGGCGGUUGUUAUGGGGACGCGAUACUCUGCCAAGGGUGUAAGUGGUGCGGGUAACACGGCCAGUCUUACCAUGACAACAAGCCCGGCAGCGACAACGACGACAACAGCGGCACGGAUAACGUCCGCCCACUCAUCACCCAGAGAGUCGACGACGUCCACCUCGCUGACGGUCCCCGCCCAGCCAACAUGGCCACGCCCAAAAACUGCCGGGUCAGCAUUGAUGAGCGUGCCCGUUCCCGUCGCAUCCAAAUCAGAAGCACUCUUCCCGUUAAUCCAUCCUCCCGCGACCGUGCAGAGCGGGGCGGGUUCGAUACCACAGAGACGGGACCACCUAGCGAUGCGGCCACAUACAGCGGCCCCAGGUGCGGGGGGCGUAGGGCGGAGUCAGUCUGCGCCCAACGUCAACGGUGGCGGGGAGCCCACUGUCGAAGCUCCGACAAAACCCAAAUGCUCCGCCUCCUCGACAUCUUCAGCAAUCGCGCCCCCACCACAGCCCCAACAACAAACCCCACCCCCGGGCCACCCCUACUCCAUCCUCCACCCGCCCGCCCCGCGCUCCCCGCCAACACUCCCCAAAUGGUUCGCCGCCCCACCCUCCCCGCGCCACCGCCACCACCACUCCCACCCGACUCUCACCACCCUCCCAUCCAGCAACAUGAUGAAUCCCACACACCAGCAAUAUAGGUCAGCGACCCUCGAUAAAUUCGCAGCGGCGUUGGGUGGCCGCGCCCCGGUCUCCGCGUCGAUGUUGGCGAUCACGUCUCCGACGACCCCGACGACGCCGCUGAUGCCUGGGCCAACGGGCGUGCAUGUUGUGCGGAGGGCGGGUGGGGGUCGGCGCCUCGUGCGGAAUGGGGAGCCGUUUGAGGUGGAGGACAUGAGGGUGUUGGCGCUGACGAGUGGUGGUGGGGGAGGUGGGGUUGCCGGUGGGGAGAGCGGGGCGGGGAUGGUUGGGCGGGGUGCGCCGAUACGGUCGUUCCGGGAGUCGGUGUGUGGGGGGCGUACGGCGGGAGCGAGGGCUUUUGUAACUUGA